GACAUCGUCAAUUUUCAGGAUCCAGCAAACCACCAUCCAAAGAGGACACUGACUGUCAUUGCACUUGGCUGGAGCGAAAAUUACCAGUGCCAUCGCGAAGAAAAUUUUGGGAAAAGUGAUUUUUCACGCGUUUCUAGCUGAUUAGUUUGAUUGAUUUUUGCAUAAUUCUAGGCGGUGGGUGGAUUCGCAGGUGCAUUUGUACGGUUCGAUUUAGUUCAGGUGAAAAGACAGAGCGUUUUAUAUUUUUUCCAAUCACGAAAUAGCGAGUGCCAAAGGGAAAAUCGUCUGGUAAUCAGCAAUUUGCAUACGGAGAUAGAACCAUCGAGUCUGAUAACUUUCAAGGAUUUCUACAAACAUUUACGUCAAUUUGGCCUAAUUAUGGUUGGCCGCAAAGCCAUCAAAAUGUGAUAUGCUGCAUUAUAUCAUCGAUAGGGGUGAAAAACUUGAUUUUCCUUUGCGUGGAAAAUUGCCCGUUUUCCGGAUUCUUGUUCUUGUUUUUCUUCGCAUGGAGCUCUGAUACUGCUGCUGCUGCUGUCGCUGUUGCUGCAUAGCUACAUACCUACAGGCGCAGCCGGGCUUUGCAGAGAUAAAGGCGAGCGUUCGAGUGCGGAGGCUACGGUUAGGCGCAAGGCCGAUCAAAGUGUGAUACAAAUCAUGUCGGAAUGAGGCGAAAGAAGAGUUCAUAAAGGGACAAGUUAUUGCACAAUCAUUGCCUCGUGAGUUUUGGGAAAGGCACCGCGUUGUAUGUACGUUUUUGGCACCGGUGUGAACAUACUUUCGGGGGUUAUUGUUAGUUAUAUAACGAGGUAUAGAUUACAUUCUCAACGAGGGCAGCCCGUAUUCUAAUCAGAGGCGUCAGUAAAUUAUUCAUCAACUUACUUGGGAGCGCCUCAACGGUAUGGCUAAGAAGAUUCCUUUCAAGGUAGUCUUCGCUUCAGAUGAGGACACGGACUACCCGGCCAGUGAACUGAACAGUCACAGUCCCACGGUACACGGAUGGCGUUCGAACCCGAGCAGUCCCGUGACGCCGAAGGAGAUAGUCCUGCGGUUUUUUAACCCGGCCCGGAUCGUCCGGAUACAAGUUCUGGCCCAUCAGUACUAUAUACCGGAGCGCAUCGAGCUGUGGCUGCACUACUCGAGCAGAAGCGCCCCCAGCACCCCGUCCAGCCAGAGCUUUGAGUACAUGGGCUUUGUGGCCCUGUCGGACAAUUCCGGCACCAACUUCACGUCCCGCGAGCUCCAAAGCGUAACCGUUACGCCCAAGGUUGGCUCGCACCUGAAGCUACGCCUCGGCCCACCGUAUGCCAACAAGUACAAUCCGGACAAUCAGGUAGCCCUGCUGGCCAUCAACAUUCUGGGGGAAGAGUUGACUUCCGAGGAGUUGGCUUCCAUACAGUCCAAUGCGGCGCUACUGAAUGCCACGCCGGCCAACAUUGAGGCGUUGAAUUGCUCGCUGGCGUCGGCGUGCGACGAUCUGUCCUAUUCCAUGUACGUUGAGGAGGGUAUUUGCGAUGUGGUUCGCAAGAUGGAGCUGUUGAAGGUGCAGGCUGUUCAAGACGAACGCUUUGAAUACGCUCGGAAGCUGAAGCUGUGCAUGACCGCACUGCGUACAGCUGGGGAACGCCUAGGUCGUUACGCGCUGGCGAAAAGACAAGCCGUUCAACAGGAAGACUUCAACACGGCUCGGCUGCGCAAGGAACAAAUAGAAAUGUACCGGAAGGCCGUGUUCGAUCAGCUCCGGGUGAACACGCUUCUCCAGAGCGACAAGACCAUAACCAGUAACGACAGCUGCUCGGAGCUGUACGCAUCCAAACCGACGUUGCCUUCACCGCCUAGCCUGCAGGACGUAGCAAGUGCUUUAUCGGAAACCUGUCUGCCGACUGUGGCGGAAGCUGUCUCCAAGCAGCAAAUCCUACACGAUACGACUGAUUCUACCGCAACAACUACCACCAAUUCAACGACUUCGGCUUCCAGUGGAGGGGCCACCAGCGCUGGAAAACCCCACGAAGCCACUCCUAGCAAACAUCCGCACAGUAGUCUGUCCAGGCCCGAUGAUAUUCCGAACUCGCCGCUGCUGAGUCACAAGGGCCGAAGUCCGAUGCGAUCGCCAACGAAUACGGGUUCGCUACGGCGAAGGAACAAGAGUGCACCGCGCAACAGCUACGAAGACUACGAUGAACGGGCGAUAAAUACGUUGAGCUCCCACACGCACGAUUUCUUCCGGGAGUGUCAGGGUACGGCCAUGCUCGAGAACGAUUCAGGCAAGGUUCGCUGCAAGCUGAACGAUCGUGAAAGGCGCCAGGCUGCGCUGCCAAUACUAAUCUACGGCAUGGAGCUGGUGGAACUGAUCUACUCUCGCCAGUUUACCGACCGGGAAGAAGGCCUGGCACGACUGAGGAGUAUUCUGAAACGGGAAGGCGAAGAAGAUCAGUCGGCUGGACCGAAUAAGAUCUGCCGAAGCGCAACGCUGUUGUUGCAUCGAGGAGUUCGCGACGCGGUGUUUUCGGUGUUCAGCCAGGCUACGGAAACGGUCCGGUCGUUGUUCAUGGAGUUUGUGCCAAAUCGGGUAUCACCGAGUGAAGUGUCGCGAUCGGUUGAUCGCCUUCUACCGGAGCUACUGUCCAAAACUGGAGAUCCUUCAGCAAGGGUUCACACCCUAGCUCAGCAUACGAUCCUUAGUAUUGCAGCGUGUCAGGAGGUGCGAGAUCAACACCUGAUCGCACCGGCCCUGUCGAGGCCGGUCGGUAACGGAACUCAUCCACGGUUAGCACUGAGCAGAAUGCAGAUGCUGGAACAGUUGGUACUGAGUCAAGGAAUAUCUAACGACAAACAGAGUGGAUUGGCGUGUCGAACAUUGUCUGAAGCAGGCUGCUCUGGGAUCCACCAUCCGGCGGAGUCCGUACGUAAGGUCGCAGAACGGGUUUUGCUUUUGGUGUACAAGGUAAAUCCUAGGUUGGUAAGAAAACAGCUGCCUCCGGAUGACGAUAUUACGAGACGGAAUCUUCUAUACCGACAGUUGUUUACCGAGUUCGAUAAGAUUGAUUUGCAACGUAAAAAGGAAAUGUUGGAAUGCAAGCAAUACAGUGGUCCGAACGCCUUUGGUGGGAUUUGUUCUCCGCCGAAUUCGAACAGUUCGAAGAACUCCCCACCGGUUGAGAUUCGCAGUCGGGCGAUGCGAUACGACAGUGCCGGAAGUGCAGGGCGCGCGAUCGUCAGUUUCUCCGACGACAAGAACGCAAGUUGGCAGUCAAAUUUCAAUUCACUGAAAUUGCAGGAUUCCCACUUGAGUCCGGUGAGGCGACCCGAUUCGGCAGGGAUCAUCAAGAGCAAGAGCGGCCAUGCGAUCGGUCACCACCAUUGGGCCAGUGAGGAUAAAUGCGAAAGAUCCUACUAUGAGAAGCCGAGCUGUAACGGAAAGGAUCAGAAGUUGAGUCAACCCAAAACGAUGAUCUACGACAGCACGGUUGGGUUCCUGGGGUCGUCGGAAAAUGGAGGCGGCUCCAGGAAGAGUUCGAACUCGGAUUCGUUCGAAGGGAUCGACAAUGAGAUACGCUGUCCGUUCUGUGAUUGGAUUUGUCAUGGGGAUCCUGCCCAGCUUGAUAAGCACUACUGGAAGGCGUGUCCCGUGUUGACCAAAUGUCCACAGUGUAGCCAAAUUCUGGAGGUGGCAGCACUGUCGCCACAUCUUAUAAAUGAAUGUGAGGCGAAAGCAAGUUACGUAAGCUGUGAACGAUGUACGGAGUCGGUGCAUAAGGACCUCUACGAGUAUCACAUGAUGGAAGAUUUCUGCCGAGAGCUUACAAAUGGGGCAGCUCGAUGUCCCUUAUGCCACGAUGACGUUCUUCUACCGCUGGACGGUGGCUGGAAAAGACACCUUCUGAGUCGAUCCGGGUGUUUGGGAAACGCACGACGGAGAGCAAAAGUAUAAUUAGUCAAAAUCAAAAGACAUUUUUGAAUUAGUUAAAUUCAAACAACUUUUAGAAAAAAAUAAUAAUCAUGAGCUAUGCAGUUGCUUUUCUAGUCUGAACGUGGUCAACAAUCUGAGACAGCAGCUAUCGUCGGUAUCCUUGGACAAUUAGAGUCGCUUUUAAAUGUCUCUUUUAAAAUUUUAAAACAUUUUCAAAUGCUUUUACCAAUCAAAGUGAGUGUAGGAUAGACAUUUUUUGAAAUUCAUUCAAAUCAACAGCACCAAGCAAAAGCAACUGUACUAAUAGAGACGAACACAAGCAUUCACGCAAACACACGUUUUAAAUCAAGCAACAAGUUUCUAUUGUUCAAUCGAUUGCGGAGAUGACAGUUAACUAGAAAAUUUAAAAACUCCGAAGCUAAUCAUGAAACAAACAAAAGCAGAUGGUACCAAUUGUUAAACUGCAAUACACUACAGAAAAAAGAAUUUAUUCGAGUUUAAAGUUGUAACAACCAAUACGGAACAAGUAAACUGUAAAACAUAAACUAAUGAUACCAAAAAGGAAAAAAAAAACGCUAGUGGAUUUGUUUUGUUGGGUAGAUUUUUUAACAAAUUAUCGAAAAUUUAGACAUUAAUUAGAAAUUGUCCCUCCUUAACAAAGAAAACUAAAACUAAACUAAACGAUCCUUGUCGGUGAAAAAAAUAUGUCUUAAAAUCCAGUCCAAUAAUGUCCAGCAUGUGAAACCGUAAAAGUAUUUCCCGUCCUCAAACUUGAAUCGAACCGAAGUGAAUAAAGGAAUAUGUCUUCAUUUUUUAAUUCAACCGUC